AUGCCUUCAUUCUGGGAUUUUAGUCUUGGUUGUGGAAAACCAGUUUCUACAUCUUCUAAAAUUGAUGCUAUUCAAAACCUGCCAAGAGAGUUAACAGCUAAUGUUCCUCAUAUUGAUCGAAGUAAAAUUAAAGAUCGUAAUUUGGCUGUAAAGACACUUGGAAGUGCUGCCCACUCAAAGAAGUUUAAUUUUCCUCAGUCGUCCCACACUUCCUCAGGAAAGUAUUCACCAAGAAGUUUGAGAGAAGAUUUUACUCCUGGUUGUGGAAAACCAAUUUCUACUUCUAAAAUUGGUGUCUUCAAUGGAAAGUCUAGUGAAGAAUGCAAACAAUUAAUAUCUGAUGAUAAUUAUGGCCGACAUGCUAAAAAAAUCUACAGGAAUGAAGAACAAGAGGAUGUUUGGAGUCCUAAACAGAGUGCUUUCUCCGAGGAUUCCAAAGCUAACAAAAGUCGCGAACAAGUGGAGGAGGUUUUGAAGCUGCAUAGAAAAUCAUUUGCGGCUCAACAGAGAGAACAGAUGGAGAAGGAGGGAAAAAGAAACAGUACAACUGCGAGAAAAGUAGCAAUGAAGCUUGAGAUGGAAGGCAAAUGGGUUAACAAGAGCAAACGAAUAGGACCCGUUCCCGGAGUUGAAAUUGGUGAUGUAUUUUAUUCUGCAGCUGAAAUGAAUGUCAUUGGUCUUCAUCAUCAGUUUCAAGGUGGUAUCGAUUUCUUGAAGGGUUUGGAUGGAAAAUUAUAUGCCACAAGCAUUCUUGAUUCCGGUCGAUAUGACAAUGUCACGAAAUCCUUUGAUUCCUUCACUUAUACAGGUCAAGGUGGAAAUCCAGGGGUUGGAUGUACGGUACCAAAAGAUCAGAAACUCACACGUGGAAAUCUUGCUUUGAAGAAUAGUUUAGAAGCUAGAAAACCUGUAAGGGUAAUUCGUGGGUUCAAAAGGUCUUCAGAAUCUUUAUACAUCUACUGUGGCGUGUACCUCGUGAAGGAUUAUUGGCAAAAAAGAGGGAAAUUUGGUAAGCUUGUCUUCAGGUUUUCCUUCGAAAGGAUUCUAGGACAACCAAAGCUUACCUUGGAAGAAUUCAGCAAAUUGAGAAAGUCUAAAUCUCAGAAGAAUAUUUCUUGUGUGAAUGAUAUUUCACAGGGAAAAAAGAAGAUUCCCUCUCGUGCAGCGAAUGCAAAUAUUUCUUGUGUGAAUGAUAUUUCACAAGGAAAAGAGAAGCUUCCCAUUCGUGUAGUGAAUGCAGAAGAUGAUGAGAGACCUCCAUUUUUCCAUUACAUAGCCAAUAUUAUUUAUCCAAAGUUCUACAAAUUGUUCACACCAAUUGGUUGUGAUUGCAUAGAUGGAUGCUUGGAUUCAAACAAAUGUUUUUGUGCCAUGAGAAAUGGAGGGGAAAUAUCAUAUGAUAGCAAAGGACGUAUUGUUAAAAAGAAGUCCCUUGUUUAUGAGUGUGGUCCUUCAUGUAAGUGCUCUUCCUCUUGCAUGAAUAGAGUGAGCCAACUUGAUGGCCGUUUCAAACUAGAGAUUUUCAAGACUGAAUUGAAGGGAUGGGGUGUUAGAACACUAUCUUAUAUUCCUUCAGGAAGUUUUAUAUGCGAGUACAUUGGAGAAAUCCUUCAUGAUGAGGAAGCCAAACGAAGAAUCAAUAGAGAUAACUAUCAAAACGGUAGUAUUCAAGAAGAAGGUUCACCAAUCCCUUGGCGUUCACAAUCAAUUUCAGUUGAUGGGGACUACAUUAUCGACGCAACACAAUCUGGGAAUGUGGGAAGAUUUAUCAAUCAUAGUAGUUCUCCUAACCUUUUUGCUCAAAACGUCCUGUACGAUCAUGAUGACAAGAGAUUUCCACACAUAAUGCUCUUUGCUUCAAAGGACAUACCUGCUUCUCGAGAAUUAACUUAUGAUCAUCACGAGGACAGGAAGACAUGUGAAAGGAUAAAUUGAAUGCUCAUUUUGAAGAGAAAGACGCUACUCACGACCGACAGACUUUCAUAUACAUAGAUC